AUGGAUGCCUUUGUGAAUAGAUUUAAAGGGACUACUGCUCUUUGGGCCGACGAAAGUAGUAUGUUCGGUGAUUUCGGCUCUUAUGAUGCUGUUAAAGAAUUCUCUCACCCAGUCUUUAAAAUUCCUGCAUAUCAAAAUGCAAACUGCACCGAUGAAAAAUCUGAUUCUGAGUGUCGUAUUAAAUUUGAACAUGGUACAACUACACUAGCUUUCAAAUUUCAAGGUGGUAUCAUAGUUGCUGUUGAUUCGCGAGCUUCUGCCGGAAGUUACAUUGCUUCACAAACUGUAAAGAAAGUCAUAGAAAUCAAUCCAUACCUUUUAGGAACUAUGGCCGGUGGUGCUGCUGAUUGCCAAUUCUGGGAAAGAGAACUUGGCAGGCAUUGUCGAUUGUACGAAUUGAGAAAUAAAGAACGAAUUUCUAUCGCUGCUGCUUCUAAUCGGUUCAAAAAUGAUGUAUUUUCUGUUGGAUCUGGUUCAACAUUUGCAUAUGGUGUACUGGAUAGUGGAAUAGAUUAUGAAUUGUCUACAAAUGAUGCUAUUGAACUAAGUAGACGUUCAAUUUAUCAUGCUACUUAUAGAGAUGCUGCUUCUGGUGGCUUUGUUAGAA